AUGACUUCUCGUCAUUUCCGGUCUUCCUGUCCAAUCGCCGUGGUUGUCUUGUUACUGGCUCUGUUCAUCCCUUCUCUGACGGCAGCGUCUUCCGGUAAAUGCCGACUAGUCCGUUCUCUCCGAGAUGAGAUCGCCAGCUAUCGUCCCGUUGUGGAACGCGUGCUCUCAUACGUCCAGGAUAAGAACGGUUACAAGGGCAGGACAUGGGCUGCCUUAUCCGAGUUCACAGAUACGUUCGGCUCACGGUUGGCAGGCACGUCAAACCUCGAGAACUCCAUCGACUACAUGAUGAACUCACUGAGGGCCAAAAACUUGGACAAUGUGCACGGCGAACGCGUCAUGUUCACGGGAUGGCAAAGACGUAAGGAAAACGCUGCUUUAGUGAAACCUAGGUUCAAGAACCUGGCGAUGUUGGGGCUGGGUGGCAGUGUCAGCACAGCCCCCGAAGGAAUCAGGGCUGAAGUAGUGGUGGUCACCUCAUUCGACGACCUCUCCAAUAAAUCUUCACAGGUCAGCGGAAAAAUCGUAGUGUACAAUCAACCGUACGUGUCGUACUCUGAAACUGUGGUGUACAGGUCGAUGGGAGCUAGUGAGGCGUCCAAGUAUGGUGCCGUGGCCACAUUGAUUCGAUCCAUCACUCCGUUCUCGUUGAAUUCACCACACGCCGGCCAUCAGAGUUACAGCGACGGCGUGAAAAAGAUACCGACGGCCUGCAUCACGGUCGAGGACGCCGAACUCUUGAACAGGAUGUACAACCGAGGCACCAAAUUGGAGAUUUUUUUGAAAAUGGACUCAAAGUUCUUUACCAACGCUACAUCCAGGAACACUGUUGCCGAAAUCAAAGGCAAGACAGAUCCCGAUAAAAUAGUGUUGGUAUCGGGGCACCUGGACAGUUGGGACGUGGGACAAGGUGCGAUGGACGACGGUGGCGGUGCGUUUAUAAGCUGGAAUAGUCUCGUCGUACUGAAAAAUCUUGGACUUCGACCUAAGAGAUCGAUAAGAUGUUUAUUGUGGACAGCUGAAGAAGAAGGAUAUAUAGGGGCCUAUGCGUACUUAAAAGGACAUAAAUCAGAACUUGAAAAAUUUAAUUUGGUCAUUGAAUCGGAUGAAGGGACGUUUCAACCGUAUGGAAUUGAGUUUCAUGGUUCUGAAACAUCAGCGUGCAUUAUGGUUGAAGUGGCCAAAUUAUUUGACUCCAUCAAUGCGACUACCAUGCAAUCCAGCAAAGACAACGUUGGUUCGGAUAUCGAAGUAUUUGAAAACAUUAAUAUACCCGGUUUGAGUUUGUUGAAUAAAAACGAAAAAUACUUUUGGUAUCAUCAUACAGAAGCCGAUACGAUGGCCGUCGAGGAUCCAGAUUCGUUGGACUUAAACACUGCAAUGUUUGCGGUUAUAUCGUAUAUCAUUGCUGAUUUAUCAGUAGAAUUGCCAAAAUCAUAA